AUGAUGAAGGACAUAUUCUCUGACAGCAGCUAUGACACUGAUUUAGCAGCAUCUUCCGACUCUGAUGAUGAUUGCUCUGACUCAGAGUUUGAUCCUGAUGGUGAAAUACUUGAUGAUGUUGAUGAGUAUGAUGCUCCCAUGUUUUCAUAUGAUCCUAAUGAUCCAUGCAUUGAUGUAAAUGUGGUGUUCCCAUAUGUGGAUCAGUGCAAGUCUGUAGUUACACAUCAUGCUAUCUUACAUGACCAUGCUUUUAAGAUUGUCAAAAAAGAUCAAGAAAGAUUUAGAAACAUACGCAAGAGAGCUAAUAAGAGUUGCAAGUGGACUUUUUUCGCAUCUACAAGCAAGAAGUAUGUUUGA